AGAGGAUCACAUACAGGAGGAUCACAUACAAGAGGAUCACAUACAGGAGGAUCACAUACAGGAGGAGAAUAUAGAUCAGAUCGGAAGAAGGAAGCCUGAAGAGACUGACAGAGAGUGUCAGAGAGAGGUGUGAGAGAGAAAGAAGUAGAGAAAUAUUUGUUUUUGAGUCAAGUCAGGGAGAGGGGCAGGGAGAGCUCAGAGAGAGAGAGAGAGAGCUGUCCAAGGAAGUGGAAGAAUAUCGUAGUACUGACUGUUUCUGAAUAGGACCAAAGAGAUCGACAGGGGAAAAAAAACAUUGGUGAGAAAACAAAAAACAGCCAUCUACAGUCGGUUUCAGUAGGUUAUAGGGUAUAACCGCCUUACCGUACCGUACAUGACACCCGGAUCUGACUAGAACUAGCAUUGCCAUGGUGACCCUGGACACGCGUACCCUGACGGUGCCUGUGGGCAUCGUGAGAAUGCUGGAGGUGGUCCUUACCUGUAUCUCCUUCAGCCUGGUGGCCUCGGUGGGUCACUUCAGCUCAUCCUACUGGGCCUGGUGCAUGUUCACCUGGGUCUUCUGUUGCUUUGUCACCCUCCUCAUCCUCAUCAUGGAGUUCACCACCCUCCAUGCCCGUGUACCCGUCUCCUGGGACGACUUCACCACCGCCUUCGCCAUGCUGGCCACGCUCAUGGUGGGUAACGCCCACGCCGUCUUCUGUCUGUGAGUUAGACUAUAAGGGGUAGAAUCAAGAUCACAUACCUACGUAUUAGUGUCAAUGUGUGAGAGUUACAUUAGAGACAAUAUAGAGAAGAGAUGGUUGUGUGUAGUUUACUUUUGUGUAACUGUAAAUCAAUGAAUAGGACAUUUUGGGGAGAUUACACAUCAAUCUUCCCUGCGAUAGACUAGACUCCUGUCGAGGAGGUGUACUUGUACAUCACACUGCUUCAUGCUUCAGAAACAGGAGUUAGGUUCCUGCCCUAUGGGCUGUUCUGGCUGAGACAAGGCUACUUACUUUUUUACAUGUAUAUAAUGCACUUAUCUAGAGUGAGGAUCCAGCACUGGACCUUGGACAGCCAGUUGUUGUUAUCAUACUGUACAUGAACACAGUGGUUAAAUGAAACAUGCAAUAUUUUAGUACCACUUAGAGUUGUUGGUCGAUCCAAUAAUGGAAGCAAUUGCUAGUCGUGUCUGUAAAUUUACUUUCACACUAAUUGCGAAUGAACUUAAACUGAGACAUACAUGCCAGCAGAUACCGAUGUAUCAAUAGUAAUUUCUAAUUGCUACUUCCACUGAACUAGAACGAGUUAUUGAUCAAGUGAUGAUUUCAUCUUCAUUAUGUCACAACAGCAAGGCAGCUAAUCUAUCUUGGCUCUUGUGUAGUCCAUACAUCACCUCUCUAGUCAGAUCAGUGAGGAAAUUAGAUAAAUGCAAUAAAAGGAAAGGUUUUAACCCUUAAGGAGUGCGUUGGAGUUUGUGUAGCUUUGCCAACAUUUUGGGAUGAUUUAUUGAGUAGGAGCUACAUUGGUAGUAGAUGAAGUGGAAGUAAAAGGUGACACCCAUAGCACUUUGACAACUUUAAUGGGUAAAUGAAGUCCACUGACAUUCCAUGUUAUUGCCUUUAAACUCCGAUGUUGUCAUCCUAUUCCAUUGUUGUUAUUCAUCCAUCAUCAUCAUCCAUUGUCUUGGGCUUUAACAGGUGCUGGCUGCCUCCAUCAUCUACCCCACCUUCUUCACCUGUGUCUCCUGUGGGAAGCAGAUCGCUGCCACCGUCACUUCCUGCCUGGCCUUCAUCUUGUAUGCCACGGAGGUGGGCCUGACCCGGGCCAAACCAGGCGAGAUCAGUGGCUUCCUCUCCACCGUCCCAGGCCUCCUCAAGGUCCUCGAGGCCUUCGUGGCCUGCAUCAUCUUCAUCUCGCUGGACCACAGCCUCUACUCGCAGUUUCCAGGGCUCCAGUGGUGCGUGGCGGUCUAUUCGCUAUGUUUCAUCUUCGCCCUCAUCAUCAUCCUCUUUACUAUCUGCCGCCUGCUGUCGCUCUUCCCGUUCCCGUUCGACAAGGUGCUGACGGGCUACAACGUGCUGGCCGUGCUGAUGUACAUGACGUGCGUGGUGAUAUGGCCUCUCUAUAGCUUCCAGAACAACCACAGCAGACCCAGCGGGUGUGGCCGCUCCUGCGACUGGGAUAACCAUGGUCGUAGUGGCAUUCAUGACCUGUUUCAACCUUGUGGUUUACAUCGUGGACACGGUCUACUCUUUCAGGCUGGUGUUCUUCGUCACCCCGGCAUAGGUCAAAAGUCAAAGGUCACCCACCUUACCCAACCUGAGCACUGGCCCUGAAACACAGUGCCGGAUCUUAAACGAUAGACUGAACUUUGCUUUUGUAUGAAUACAGCUAACUGCAAUCAUGCUGUUUUUUUUGGAACACUAAUUCGUAUUGAUAGAAUGUUUCUGUAUGGUGGAUAAUAACCGUUUUACUUGGCCAGAUUACAUUUUUGUGAAUGAUAAUGCUUCGUCAUGCAUAAAAUGGGGUUAUAAUUCUGCUAGCAAUUCACAAACCAUGAGGUGGAUAAGAAUGUUCUGGAACGCUUGGAUCCGUACGUAGAUUCAACUUGUAUUUUUUCUUCCCAUCUCAUGUCUUUAAACUACACAAGGAACCAUGCAGUCCACCCUAUUCAGUCCACAUGGGCUGUAAUCAAAAGCAAAUAGAAAGAUCAAAGAGCUGUUCUUGAUAUGUUCAUUUUCUUCUCUUAUUCUGUUCUCCAUUUUAUCUCUGUCGCUCUGGCCUUGAUUCAAUCAAUUCAGCGUUAACCCCUGAUAAGUGACAACUGCAUAGCUGAUCAUUGUUUUUACUGAUUUGACAGCUCCAACGCAGUUACACCUUCGUCAUGGCCCAAAAUACAAACAGAUCUGCUAUGCAGUUGUCGGUUAUCACGGGUUAACGCUGAACUGAUUGAAUCUAGGACUCUGUCUCUGUCUCUGUCUCUGUCUCUGUCUCUGUCUCUGUCUCUGUCUCUGUCUCUGUCUCUUUCUCCUCAUGUGUCUACUGUACCUAAUCUAAUCUUGACAAACACACAGUCCAGACAGAUAUGACAGAAUUCAGCUCAAACAUGAAUCUGAAUAGGUACACAUAACUAUUGACAUUUGAAAAUUUAGCUGACAUGUGACUAAAUUGUUUUAAUGUUAUAUAACAAUAAAAUAAAGAAAACAUUUGCUUAAAAGUCCAUAAGAAUCAUAUUUUAUUUAUUUAUUUACUGUAACACCUAUUCUGUUUCUACAACACUGGGAAAGGACAUUUAGCAAUGCUCCCUUCCUCUCCCUGUUUGCUAGGGUGUGUCUGCUAUGAGAGGCCCAUUGGAUGAAAUGCGUGGGAUGUCGAGGUCCGGCCCUGGGCUUUGCUUUCAUGUCUCUUUCUGUGUUUACUGAGUGCGGAGGGGAAGCCGAGAGCGAGAUAAGUCUCAACCACACUCCGCUCCGUCCCACCUGGAUGACAUCACUCUCUUACACAAUCCCUCACGGACCGUGGCUUACCACAGAUUUGAUUUGAUAGGGAACGUAUUGGGCCAUUCUGAGGCUGCAAAACAAAUUAUUAUUUAUAAAAAGACAGCAGAAUAAUUAUGGUUCCUGAUCUGUUUAUGGUAAUGAUGUCAAGGUCUUCAAUGUCCACACUUUGUUUUGUGAUACAUAUGGCAGGGGUUAUUCCUUCCUUGAAAAGAGAAAUUAAGUUAAGUGACGAAUGAAGAAUCAUUGUUCCAAAACAAAAGCCAGCAGAAUGAUGGAGGUUCCUGAUGUGAUUAUGGUAAUGAAGUCAAGGUCUUUUAUGUCCACAUCUUUUUGUCUGUCAUGUUACCUUUGACAGGGAUUAUUGAUUUAUUCAAAAGAUAAAUGAAGUUAUGUUGCUGCUGUCUCCUUGGCACAGAUCAAGAGGGAGGUAAAAGUGAAAGAUGGAUGAGGCAGAGAGAGAGAGGGAGAAGUGAGAGUGGGAGAGAAAGAGAGAGAGAAAUAGAGAGAGAGAGAGAGAGAGAGAGAGAGAGAGAGAGAGAGAGAGAGAGAGAGAGAGAGAGAGAGAGAGAGAGAGAGAGGGACAGAGAGAGGAGGAGUAUAUAGAGAGAGGAGCAGGAAAAAGAAGGAUAUGAGGGUAUAAAACAAUAGAGAGAGAGCUAGGCAAUGCACCAACAAUAUUUAGUGGCACCAGGGAAUCCAAAUCUAAUGCAUUUUGUAAGUGUUCAAAAAAUCUGGUGCGUUAAAUUAAAAGUUGGUAUGGUACACUCUGAGCUUGGGCAGUAGUAUGCAUAUUGUAUUAGCUUUAUCAACCAGAACACUAUUCGAUUUCUAUUAUCAGUGGAAACAGAAUAGCGCUUCUACAAAUUAUUUGCCUACCACUCCUACCCCUUCCCUGCCUCUCUUUCUCUCCCUUUCUCAAGAACAUGGAUGAGGACAUCAGUCAAUAGCUGUCAAGUGUCAAAAAAGGACUUCAGUCAAGUUAGGAACACUGAAUUGAACAAACGUGAGGUUACUUACACAAGCAUGGGUUUCCCUGUUUGGGGGAUGUGCAUUUGGACCAGAGCUGGGUUCAAAUAGUAUCUGAAAUCUUUCAAAUACUUUAGCUGUGCUUGAUUGAGCUUACCUGACACAAUGUAUCCAAUAGAAUAGUCCCAAAGGUUCAAACCCCACCCAUCUGGCUUUCCAAGCAGACUCAAUCAAAUGCUCAAAGUAUUUGAAAGAUUUCAAAUCUUACUUGAACCCAGGUCUGAUAUGGUCCCACUCCCAGGGAUGGGGUUUGUAUUGAAGUUCACCUUAGACAGAGACCAGAGUCCAGUAUGUGUGGUGUGGGCGAGCCAGAUAAGACUGGACCGGCGUCCAAUGAGCUCCUUGAAUCUGGGUCGUAAAACGUGCAAUAAAUCCAAGAGAGGGCAGGAUACACCAUAGAAAUAAAAUGAACAGAAUGGGCUUGGAGCCUCUAAACUCAUCGGUACACUCGCAAUGGCUGCCUGGUAUUGUGAUGCAAUUAUUUCCAUGGUAAUGUAAAAUGUUCAUUCCAAUGAUGCUAAGUGAUGUUGCUCGUGCAAUGAAAUGUUUAUUUUUUUAAUGUCAGUUGAUUUCACAAAUCACAGCACAGAUUGGUACACUUCCUGCUUUUACUUCUUGCUUUGCUCCUAUGGGCUAUGUCGAAAAAAUAAAGGUUAAGACAAUGUAACAAUUCCAUGCUGAUUCCAAUUCACUACGAUUGUAGUUAUUUUCCACUUUGUUGGUGAACUUUCUGUACUGCUACCAUUCUCUCCCAGUCAUUUUCAUUCCGGCGCUGGUCCAAUGAAUUCGUUUAUUUUAGAACGUUUCUGCAUUUAAUAAUUAAGCUGUCUUAACCUUUGUUAUCUUCAACCUAGCCUAUGGGUACACUCACAAUGGCCGACAGUCCACGCAUUAUGCCAUCAUCGACAUGAAUGGGGAGGCCUGUUCUAUUCAUUCUAUUUCUAUGGGAUACACACCAUCAUAAACACGGGAGGAGUUUUGCUCUACACAGGCAUGCUCUGGUCUCUACAGCAUGAGGAAGGAGACUUGGAUAAGGCAGGAACAAGAGAAGGUCUUACCUCUCUUGGAAUUGUAUUGCUUUACUAUAAGGUCCUUACUCAGCAGGGGAAUGCACAUAGAGUAAAAGACGGAAGGAGAGAGAGGAGUGGAGAUGUCAAGGUGACACAGUGGAGAGAAGAGAGUGACACAGCAGAAAAUUACUGGGUGAGCUUUCAUUAAGAGGAGAAUAUAAUACUUUAAGAGGGCAACAGUAAUUGAUCACAAUGAAUAGAAUCAGUAAUUAAUUCAAACGUGAAAUACGUGCAUUUGCUAAAAGCGAGCAAAGGAGAGAGACAGAAAGAAGAACAUUAGCCAGAUGAAAGAGAGAGGAAAAAUAGACACUUUAGCUAAACAAAAAAGUCAAGGAACCCUUGGUGAGUGAACAGUCACGCAGAGUCCCUAGAUAGAUCAUUCAAUCGUAUCUCAUCAUGGUGAACCUGGACCUGAGGUCUCUCACCCUGCCGGUGGGCAUCAUCCGUAUGGUGGAGGUGGUCCUCACCUGUAUCUCCUUCAGUCUGGUGGCCUCGGCAGGCCAUGUGCUCUCCACACACUGGGCCUGGUGCAUGUUCACCUGGUGCUUCUGCUGCUUCUUCUCCCUCUUCAUCCUCAUCAUGGAGUUCACCCGCUUCAGCGCCAAGGUGGGGGAUGUUUACUGUCUGGAUUUGAUGGAAUAGAUUGGUGGGAGGUGAAUUUGUAGCUUACGUGUAUCGUUUCAUACCUGUCUUAUAUCUUUCUAAUAUGUAUUUCUAUUGUAAAGCAGUAGUAGAUGUAGUUGCAAGUUUUUCAGGAAAACACAUUUUUCAGGAAAACUCUUGGCCCUAGAAAUAACCUUAAUGAUUUCCUCAUCAUCUCAAGGUGCCCAUCUCCUGGGAUGACUUCACCACGGCCUUCGCCAUGCUAGCCACACUAAUGUGUUUCACCUCCUCCAUCAUCUACCCCACCUUCUUCACCUGCCCCACCUGCUACCACCAGAUCGCCGCCACUGUCAUCUCCAUACUCUGUUUCGGAGUGUACGUCAGCGAGGUGGUGUUGGCCCGCCUCCGGCCCGGCGGUGAGAUCAGUGGCUUCCUGUCCACUGUCCCGGGCCUCCUCAAGAUACUAGAGACUCUGGUGGCUUGUAUUAUCUUCACGUCGCUGGAUCCGGCAAGGUUUUCGUUGUACCCGGGACUGCAGUGGUGCGUGGCAGUUUAUUCCCUCUGCUUCAUCUUCGCACUCGUCAUCAUCUUCCUCACUGUCAGUCAGCUGCUGUCGCUCUUUCCCUUCUCGUUCGACAAACUACUCACGGUCUAUAACAUUCUGGCCACGGUGAUGUACAUGACCGCCAUGGUCAUCUGGCCGCUGUACGGUUUUCGAGAACAACCCCCGGCCCGUUCCGUGUUCCCACUGCUCCUGGGACGAUCUGGUUGUGGUGACGUUCAUGACCGUGAUCAACCUGGUGAUCUAUAUUUUGGAUACGAUCUACUCGAUAAAGGUGGUCUUCUUCACACGGGAUGA